CCCAUAUAGUUAAACGCAGCUAGAAAUAGGAGAAGAGGAGAAGAGAGCUGAACAUCACCAUCAUUGCUUGUAACACCACUUUGUUUUCAGAGGUGCAGCUUUGAGCCAUGGGAAAAAGCUCGUCCAAACCUGAGCCCCCCACAUCUUCUCCGACUUUUGAUGAACCAUGGAGGAAAAUACUAUGGGGCAACAAAGAGAGAUAUCUGCUGGAAGUGAAGAAUUAUCAAUCCCAUAACAAUGAGCUCCAACAUCUGAGAAUUCUUCUUCAUGGACCAGCUGGUGCUGGAAAGUCCAGUUUCAUUAACUCAGUCGACAGUGUUUUACAAGGCAGAAUGGCUGGUCGAGCUUUGACAGACGCAACCUCUAAGGAGAGCUUCACCAAAACAUACAGAACUUACAAGAUCCAAAAAGAAGAACCAGGGACCGUUUACCCUUUUGUCUUCACUGACAUCAUGGGCCUUGAGAAGGACUCAAACAAAGGGGUUGGAGUACAGGACAUCAUACUGGCUAUGAAGGGACACGUAAAAGAUGGUUACAAAUUCAAUCCUGUUACUCAAUUAUCUGAGGACGAUCAAAACUACAACGGCUCCCCCAGUCUAAGUGACAAAGUUCAUGUUCUGGUUUGUGUGAUUGCUGCUGACACAUUUAAUAUACUGGAUGAUGAAACAAUGAAAAAGAUGAGGGAGGUCAGACUUACAGCCAGUGACAUGGGGAUUCCCCAAGUGGCUAUUCUCACCAAAAUUGAUGAAGCCUGUCCUGAAGUCAAAAAAAUUAUAAGGAACGUGUAUAAGAGCAAGUACCUGAAUCAACUGAUGGAGGAAUUGAAUGUGAAGUUGGGUGUUCCACUGAACUGCAUCUUUCCUGUGAAGAACUACCACAAGGAAAUCAACAUUGAUGAUGACAUUGAUGCACUGAUUCUGAGUACACUGAGACAGAUGAUUAACUAUGGGGAAGACUUUGUCAACAACCUGUAGAUCUACAGUGCUAAAGCAAAUCUUGUUUAUCACAGAAAGAAAAAUGGCAUUUCAUAAUUUUCAAGUCGUUUCAUUUCAUGAUUUGAAAUGUACUUUCAAACAGUCAUGUGCAUGAUAAUGACACAAAAUGGGCAAUUUGUCCUUUUGUUUUUCAUAUACAAGCAUGUAAUGUAAAGUAGCCAGUAUUGUAUCUACUACAAGUUAUCAUAGAACCACGUUACCUUGCUGAAUUAGAGCAGCAGUACCACUCUAUGCAUUUUGAGCUUUUGCAGUAUUAUGUUGUUUGCCAUUCUUUCUUGAUUCAGGUGGUCAUUUGUGAUGUUGUAGUUUCCCAGUAUUCAUGAAUCAUUUUCAUUGACCAAAUGUGGAAAUCU